GGUUUGAUGCGGCGAAAACAUGUCCAGAACCAUGGACACAAGUUGACAAGAAGGCAAAAGUUCUCAAAGUAAACGUUUGUCAUUUGACUCAGUUUGCCUUAUUUUGGACUUUCGAAGCUGAAAAUGGAAUAUUUGAAUUCGACAAAGGAACUAAUGGUAUGGACCAGCUAAUCUUUUCUCACAAUCGUCGAUAUUAAAUUACCUUUAGGAUGUUUUGAAAGUUUAGCGGCCAUUUUUUUCUGCCUUUACUGGUAUGAUGAUGCAUGGCGACCUAAAUUUGAUCUGACAUGUGCUAAUUUCUAGUCUUUUCAUUCAAUUAACAUAAGGCAGAGAUUUUAGUACUUUAUUUGUUCCUUUUAGACACCCAAUCCAAACCUCCUCCACAUGCUGUUAUCGAAGAAGACAACGUAAUCUAUAGCCCAGAGCGAUACGACGGUGAAAUGCUUUUAGAUGUGGCCAGAUAUAAAGGUUCUACAGGUGCCAUAAAACUCACAUGGGGUGUCACUAUCGAACCAAACGCGCCUGCCUCAUUUGUCGUCUCUCCUAUGUCAGGGGAAGUUGAAUUUAUCGAGGGACAGUGGAACUCUUCUAUUCACCUGCGGUUUCCAUUCAUCCCCGACACCGACCAGGAAAUUGGGAUUUUUGUGAAAUUGCUAAAUGUAUCUGGCGGUGCAAUGCUAGGGAAUUUUACCAGUGUGAAAAUUACAUUUCCAUCCAAUGUUGGCGAUGAUGAAGUGACGACACCCGUCAAAGGCAAUAAUAACAGCAACAAGAGUCAUGUUAUUUUGAAGAUUCUGUUGCCAUGCUUAAGUGGUGCAUUGUUGAUCAUUGGCGUAAUAGCAGCUAUUAUCGUUUUAUGCAGAGGUCGGGAUAGGUAAGGAUGUGUAAUAUAUGGGCAGGUGGUCCAUAGAAGGUCAUCAUUGCUAUGGUUGCAAAUUGCUCUGGUUGUAGCAUGUAAUUUUAGAAGCGAAAGUUUCGGUGAUAAUUUCAAGUAUAGUUUGCCUGACAUGAAAGUAUUAUUCUGUAAAAUUUCAUAACCACAACGAAGCUAUACCAUACGAAAAUUAUCAUUAAUGGUAAAAAUAACUUUUUUCUCUUUUUCUUCAUAGCAAAAAACGGGUCAGAAGGAAUUCGAUGUAUAGGAUUAACCCUGUCUUUGGCAUUUCGUAAGUAUAUUUUCUGCAGAAAUUACAUUAAUGUGUUUACAAGAUGUUAAGUUAUCACUUGAUUAAUUCGAAAGUGUUAUAUCUCGAAAUAUGAGCGUACCAAAGCUUCAAAACAGUCAAAGUCGAAAUAGCAUAAGAAAAAAUAAAGCAAAGUAUUGCAACUUAAAAUAUGAAAAGCAAAAAUUAAACACUAACUAUCUACCGCGAAAAAUUCUAGUGGAGAGAGAGAAUGACAUUUAAUAACGUUUCCAAGACUAAUAGUACUUUUUUAUUAUUUUAGCCAAAAUCUCCCUGUAAGACAGUCGGAAACAUCAUUUACAGACCAGGACCCACCAUAUUGAUUAACAAAUGACUGCACCCGGCUGUGGCAUUCGAUUGGAAUUUUUUAAAUAGUGUAUUUUAAGUUGUGCAUAUUUGUAGUAUAGUCUAUAUAUUAAAUGAGAAGUCCCAAAGGACAUGUAGUUAUAUGUAUUGUAGAUUUAAUUGGGAUGAUAGAUCUUUUUGUUGAUCUGUUACGAUAUGCACAUGCUAUGUAGUUAAAGAAAAAGGCAGCAAAAACUAUGCUUAUCCAUUUGAAAAAAACGUUAAGAAUAAUUACAUAACCCUUUUGCAAAUUUUCCCUAAGUUUUUUCUUAAUUUCUGAGAUAUUUGGGACCAAAACAGCCCACCAUAUUGUUUUUUUUUAUCAGAUCUAAUUUUAAUGACGUCACAACACAUAAAUAGUCUAUUGUCCUUAUC